AUGCUAGAAGAGGAUAAGCAAGAAGGCAGAGGAGCAGAAGACGAUAAACAAGAUGCUCCUAAAAUGUGCGAAUUACGUCUAAUUGAUUUUGCUCAUUCAGACUGGCAUGCAGAUAGAAAAACUCAAGAUACAGAACUGAUCAAAGGCUUUGAUAAUAUCAUUGACAUUCUGAAUGAAUGUCUAAAGCGACAAAAGACCGAAAAAAUUUAA